AUGAGUAGUGUAUAUGGCAUAGAACAAUUGAACGAUAUAUUAAAAUAUAAUAUAGAAGGAAAUAAAAGAAAAGAAAAGAAAAAAAAUAGUAAUCAUGAUAUAAAGAUAGAAGAAAAAGAGAAAAGAGACAAUGAUAAUGAUAAUGAGAAAUAUUUAAAUAAAAGCAAACUUAUAGGGAAAAAAUAUAUUGAUAAAGUUAUAAAUGAAUGUAAUAAUAUAUAUAUAAAUUAUUAUCAAUAUAAUAAUAAAAGAUAUAAUCAUAUAUAUAAUAUAUAUGAUAAUAAAAAUUAUAAUGAUAUAGAAUAUAAACAAUAUAAAAAUUUAAAUAUAGAUAAUAAAAUAUGUAAAGUCAAAGGAGAACAUUUAUAUCAAGGAACAGCAGGUAUUACAAAUGAAAUUAUUAUAGAAACAUUAAAUACAAAUGAAGAAUGUAUCUAUAUAGAAAAUUGUAUAUUAGAAGUAUAUAUAAAAAGAAAAGAUCAAGUCGAUAAACUAAAUUAUAAUAAAAAUGAAUAUACAACUUCUCAAUCUUAUAAUAAUAAUAAUAUGUAUUCAAAAUUUAUAAAUAAUAAUCUUUUUAAUAAAUAUUUAUAUGAUAAACAUUGUUCUUUAAUCAAUAUAAAUCAUAACAAAUAUAAUAUUAAUGCCAACUUUUCUAAUUAUAAAAAUGUAGGUCAAUAUUCUUCAAAACAAAAUGAACACAAUUAUGAUACAUAUCAACCAUGUCAUGAUGAAAUGGAAUAUUAUCCUCCAAAUGUAAGAAAUAAUGAACCUAUAUAUGGAAAAUAUUCAAAUGGAAUAAAUACACAUCAAAAUAAAUACCACGAAAUAGAUACACAUCAAAAUAAAUACCAUGAAAUAGAUAUACAUCAAAAUAAAUACCACGAAAUAGAUACACAUCAAAAUAAAUCCCAUGAAAUAAAUACACAUAAUAAUCAAAAUAAAAAAAAAAACACAAAUUGUAUAAAAAAAAAAGAUUUUUUUAAUAAUCAUGCACAUCAUCAUUAUAAUAAUAAUAUAACAUACAAUGAUACCAUGAAGGAUGGAUACUUAAAUAAUAAUUUAGAAUAUGAUGAAGAAUCUAAUAAAUUAAUCAAAGACAGUCUAAAAUGUAAUGUAAGAGAUCUAAAGAAUGGUACUUAUAUUAUUACUUAUAAUUUAAGAAAAUGUGGAUAUUAUUAUUUAUCAAUAUUUUAUAAUAAAAAACAUAUAGCUGAAUCUCCAUAUCUUAUUGAAAUAAAAGCUUCAGAAGCUUAUGCACCCAACUGUGUAAUUUAUAAGAAUGACAUUACGAAUAAAUUAAUUAUUCCUUAUGAUACAAGUGAAGAAAUAUUAUCAUAUGAUAAUAAUACAUCCUCCUUUUAUGAUAAUCCUUGUGAUUCUAAUGUGUCGUGUGAAUCCCCUCUUCAUCAUGUAUCUAUUAAGACCCACCAAAAAGAUGACAAGGAUAGUGAGAAGAAGAAAAAAAAAAUGCAUCUUUUAAAAUUCACAAAAGAAGAAGAGGAAGAAGAACUAAACAAAACAUUUAAUAACUUCUAUAUACAAUGUUAUGAUGCUUAUGAAAAUAAAAUAUGUAAAGGUGGAGACAUUUUAGAAGUAGAAGGUAUAGGUGAUAUAAAGAUAAUUAAUAUUCAAGAUUUAAAUAAUGGUACAUAUGAAGUGAUAUAUAAAUAUAUAAAAAAUAAUAUUGAAAAUAAUAAUAAUAAUAAUAAUAAUAGUUAUGAGAAUAUGUAUAGAGAAAUCCAUGUCACUUUAAAUAAAGUACAUAUUAAAGGGUCUCCUUUCAGAAUUAUUUUUAAGAAUGAUAAUAAUAUGUAUUAUAUAAAUAAAUUAAAAAAUAUUUUACAAAUAGAAGAUUAUAAUAUUAAUUCUUUUAAACUAAUAGAAAGAAUAAUAAAUAUAAUAAAAUCAUAUAACCAUAUAAAAGAAAAUUUUAUAAUAAACGAUGAAAAUAUAAAUUGUUUAUUAUAUUCUGAUCCUUUUAUGAAUAUAAAUUCACAUUAUUAUAAUAAAAAAGAAUUACAUGAUAUAUUAAAAAAAGUAGAUACACAACUUUUAUCUUUAAUGUCUAUACCUAUGAAAGAACAACUAUUUAAUUAUAUUAAAUAUAUUAAUAAUGAUAACAAAAUUGCACACUUAAAAAUAUUAUUAUAUAAAGAUUUAAUAUAUCAAUUAGGAUAUAUAUUAAAAAAUAUAAAUAAUUUUUAUCAUUCUUUUCAAAAGGAUAUGCAAGAUCUUAAAACUAAAAGAAUAUUACAACAUCAAAUAAUUAAAGAAGCUAAUAUUAUGUAUGAAUCAUUAAGAGAUAAAAAUAUACAUACAUUGCCUUUCAAUUUUUCUAUUAAUGAUAUGAACAUAUAUAAAGAAAAUUUGACAAAUAAAAAAAAAUAUCUCUUACAAAAACAUAAUACCUUAGUGCAAAAAUAUAAAGAUAUAAAAAUGAAAGAAAAACAAUUUUUAAAAGAUAGAAAACAAAUAACAAACGAAUUAACCAACAAAUAUAAACUCCAUCAAUAUGUUUAUCAACGUUCAACAAAUGCCUUACAAGAAAUUAAUACUCACUUGAAAAAAAAAACUAUACAAAGUAUUAAGGAAUAUGCAGCCUAUGAACAAAAAUUCGUAUCCUUAAAAACUGACAUGCAAAAAACACUCAAAUGA